UGAUAACGUUGGUUUAUUAUGGCUCGCCAGUUUUACUCACAGCUUUUAGAUUGUCGUACUUGUCUAACCGGUAGCCGCUGGUAGUACAAAUUUGCCGCAGCGUUAAGUAAGUUGUCGGGUUGAUUUUGACGGAGACAUGGUUGUUCAAAAACUACUGGUCUUCAUUAUUGGUUUUUACUUGUUGUGUUAUGCAGAAGGUAGAUCAUUUCCAUCGCAAUUUAAAUUUGGUGUUGGCACCUCUUCAUAUCAGAUCGAAGGAGCGUGGAAUGAGGACGGCAAAGGUGAAUCCAUAUGGGAUCAUUUCACCCAUCACCAUCCCGAGAUGAUAGCAGACCGAAGCACUGGUGACGUUGCUUGCGAUAGUUAUCAUCUAUGGCGCAGAGAUGUGGAAAUGAUUAAAGAACUUGGAGUUGACAUAUAUCGCUUCUCAAUUGCUUGGACACGCAUUAUGCCAACGGGACUGAGUAAUCAAAUAAAUGUAAAAGGAAUCCGGUAUUAUGACAACCUGAUAAACGAGCUACUCGACAAUGGGAUUACCCCGAUGGUAACGCUGUAUCAUUUUGAUUUACCGCAAAAACUUCAAGAUUUGGGUGGUUGGUUGGUUGACGACAUCGUGGAUUAUUUUGUGGAGUAUGCAAGGAUUAUUUUCACAAACUAUGGCGAUCGGGUUCGAAUGUGGACAACAUUUAAUGAACCUUGGCACAUUUGUGAAAAUUCGUACGGGAGAGAUGGACUAGCACCAGCUGUAAAUUUUUCUGGAGUAGCCAACUACAUUUGUGCACACAAUUUGUUGAAGGCACAUGCCGAAGCCGUUCAUUUAUACAGGGAACAAUUUCAACCAAGACAAAAUGGUGUAAUUGGAAUAUCAUUGGAUGCCCGAUGGUAUGAACCCGCAACGAAAUCGUCGGAUGACUUGGAAGCUUCUGAGUGGGCUUUACAAUUUCAUUUAGGUUGGUUUGGUCAUCCCAUUUUCUCGUUGUCCGGGGAUUAUCCAAAUUUCGUUAAAGAGCGUGUCGAUAGUCUAAGCAGAGAACAAGGUUUUUCUAAAUCGAGACUACCAAAAUUUACGGCCGAGGAAAUUGAUCGAAUUAGAGGGACAGCUGAUUAUUUUGGUUUGAAUACCUAUACAACGCGAUUGGUAAGCAAAAACGAUGAGAAUAAUGCUGCGGAUUACGCAGUUCCAUCGUUUGAGCAUGAUUCGGCGGUUAUCUUUACGGUCAAUUCGAGUUGGCCUUCGGCGCAAACUACUUGGCUUAAGAUUGUUCCAUUUGGCCUUCAUAAGCUGUUGAACUGGGUUAAGAAAGAGUACGGAAAUCCUUCGACGUGGGUUACAGAAAACGGUGUUGGGACUAGUUUAGGGACCGUAGACUACCAACGAGCAGAUUAUUACGAUGGUUAUCUGGACGCUGUAUUAGAUGCAAUUAAAGAUGGUUGCGAUGUUCGUGGUUACAUUGCUUGGAGUUUGAUGGAUAAUUUCGAAUGGAGAGCAGGAUAUGAAAGCAAGUUUGGGCUAUUUCACGUUGACUUUGGUAGUCCCAAUCGUACACGGUACGCCAAAAUGUCAGCCAAAGUAUAUCGACGGAUUAUUGAAUCACGUGAAAUUGAUUGGAGUUUCCGACCACAACCGGAUAUAAUUAUUACUUCAAAUGGAAAUUUUACCAAUCAUACCUCAACCAUUGCUGUCUUCUGUUUAUCAUUAGCAAUGGCAUAUUAUGUAAAACGAAUCGUACUAAAAUAAAGCAUCCAUUUUUUUUGUA